GUCAAGCGAACGUGUUCGGUUAAUCAAAGCGUGUGCCCUACACUGUAAUAGAUACACAGGCCGUCGGAAAAUUCUWUGCUUGCCACAGUCAGCAGCAACACCACCACCACCACUACUACUAGCAUCACAGCUAUUCACCAACAGCGCCCCAACCACUAAAAUCAUUAACCCGAUAUAUGCGCGUGCAUGUAUAUGUGUUUGCGUGUGCGCGCAAGUGUAUGUGUGUGAGUGUUUUCAGUAAAGCAAAUUGAAGUGAAGUUGCCAGCUUUAAGGCAGCAAAUGUGCUAGAAUCGCUCGAUUAAGUGGUGAAAAUCUUCAAAAACAAGUUCGCAUAGACGUGAGUUUCGCGUGUGAAAGGUGAAGGCGAAAUUUUUCAAUUAACACCAAAACAAUACAGGGUGUAAGUGCGCUCUGAAACACACRAAGAAGUUACAACUCAGAACAGCAACAAAAACUGCUUAUAAGUGAAUUGUAAACGAGAAAAGCAACAAACAAAACCAAAUCAAAAAUUCACAGAGAAAUCACUUAUAAUAAUAAAAUCAGCAGGCUGGGUUGCCUGUCAACGCGCCCACGUAAAAAGUGCUUAACAACUGCCCCAAAACCCAAGCAGCGGCUGGGGAGCGCCAGGUAUUAAGGGCUUAUUCGUGAAAACGUGUAAUUCAUACUUUAAUGCAGUGAGAAAAGUCAAAAAAACAAAUACAAUAAACACCACCACUCGCCCCAAAGUCAGCAUCGAAGUGUGCACRAAAAGCGAGCGCGUUUGUAAAGUGGACUUGUGAAAGUAUCAAUUUCAGACGCCUCUUUUUGAAAGCAACAAAAAGUCAAUAAGUGUUUACAGAUAUAUUUGCUGAAAUAUCCAAAUUUAUUUUGCAUUCGCUGCGGCAACCAUAUCAUCACUUUUUCCSUCAGCUUCGUCACACAGUAACUCCGACAUUCAUUGGUACGUCAAGUUGGAUAAUGAAUGCGCAAAAAAGAUGACGCCGCUGCAAUGAGGACGAUCCGUUAGCGGCAUUGACUAUGGGACCAGAGGCAUGGGCGUGUGUGCGGACCCUGGGUCUUACCGGUGGUGUCAGGCAUUAAGCCGGUCGCGAUCAUCGUUCGCCACAAACAACAACAACAACAACAAUAACGAUUGUUACACUACAACAACAACAACAACAACAGAAAAUUCAAACAAUAUCAACCAGCAGGCGAUUUCACACCAAGCUGUAAUAACAAAAACAACAACCAUUUCGAAAUCACUUGCAAACCGCAAAUCAACGAAAAUCCCAACAAUUGAUGAAAAUUCGAAAAUCAACCAAAGCAGCAGAGAGCCAGCGCACAACAAGAGGGCGAGCAGCAACAACAAUAAGUAUAGCAACAGCAUAAACCGCUGGCAGCAAACUCAUCAGUUUAUCAUAUUACUGCUGGUUUUGCUGUUGCAAACCACACAUGCAAACAUACCAGAAGAUGCAGUACACAUUACAGCGAUACUCGGCGAAGGUGUCAUCUUCAAUUGUCACGUCGAAUUUCCCAAUGAUCAUCCGGUGCCGUAUGUCCUACAGUGGGACAAGAAGGGUUCCGAUUUGCCCAUCUAUAUAUGGUAUGAAAGCUAUCCGGAGCACAUCGAAGAGGGCUACAAGGGCCGUGUGUCACGCGUCUCACAGGACUCACCGUUCGGUUCGGCCUCACUCAAUUUGACCAACAUCAAGGAGUCGGAUCAAGGCUGGUAUGAGUGUAAAGUGGUAUUUUUAAAUCGUGAUCCCAAGCAGCAUAAGAACGGUACAUGGUUCCAUUUAGACGUACAUGCACCGCCACGUUUUAGUGUUACACCAGAGGAUAUUAUAUAUGUUAAUUUAG